GUUGGUCGGUCUUCUCUAACAUGAAAGAGGAUAAUCUUCAAAACGGAAAGGUAAAGACGAUAAGCUGAGGUUGUCAGAAAUUACUUGGAUCUUGCAUUUAGCUGAAGCUACGUACUCUAGGAACUAGGAAGCAUCUCAAAUUGCUUGGAAACUUCAAUCACAUGGUCAUCAUAUGGUGUAUCAUAGUAUAAUAUCAUUUGUUCAAGAUUCAGCAUUGUCUCUAGAAAGUGCUUGACCUGCUUUAUCUGUUUUUCCAUAUCAUCGUAAUUAUAAAAAGUUUCACCAAAAACUUGCAUACUUUUACAACUUUCACUGGACUUGAUGAUAAGCAAGUAGGAAUGAACUGAAGUCAAAGCAGAAUCUUUUAUAGGAAGUCAAGAUUCAGCUAAACCCCAAUAAACAAGAACACACAUAUGAUCAAAAAGCCAUUUUUUAUUUAUUUUGGGCUUUUCGAACUUCCUGGGCCUUGCCAACAAACACGGUCCAACAAGAGAGAACCAAACCGAAAUAAAUUGAAGUAAAAGAAUUCCACUAAACCCGGUUUGCUUCUUCGUCUCUCUUGUUUUCCAUUUAAAAGGUACUGAAGAAGAGCAUUUGUUUGCGUUACUGUCUUCUCCAAAAUCGAAGACUAUAGCAGCAUCUCCUCGUCAAUCUCGCCAAGGACUUCUAGACUAAGAGAAUCCCUAAACUUUCUAUUUCAGGAGGGUCAACAAGAAGAUCAUGAAGAAGGGAAUAUUUGGGAGAGCUUUUGCGAAUGCACCAAUAUUUGCUCUUGGAUACUUCACAAAUGAUGCUUUAACCCCUAAUUUAAAUAAAAAAAUCAAACAAGUCGAACAGGUGUUGGCUAAAGCAGAGUCCUUAGGACAUACGUAUAAGGCUGAGCUGGCUAAGGUGGAAAAAAGGGAAAAGAUUGUGAACCGUCUAAUUCAGAGAUGUGAGGUUCUACUGUUUGAGUUGGAAAAAAAGGAAAAGAAGUUGGACGAUCUAGGGAAGUUGUAUAGGGCUCCUCGAAUGGAUGUGUUGAAAGAAAAGGAAAAGAAGUUGGACUAUCUAGGGCAGUUGUAUAGGGCUCCUCAAAUGGAUGUGUUGAAAGAAAAGGAAACGAAGUUGGACUAUCUAGGGCAGUUGUAUAGGGCUCCUCGAAUGGAUGUGUUGAAAGAAAUGAAAAACGCCGAUGGACGAUAUGCAGGAAGAAACUAAGUGGAGUUUCAUACUAAGAAAUGGAUCAGAAGAAACUAUGUGAUUUGGUGCAGAGAAUGAAGGCAGAAUAUGAACUCUUUAAAAACUUAGUAGCUCCAAGGUUUUGAUGAUCUAACCUUGGGUUAAUUCUUAACUUUUGAGUUCUGUUAGUAAUUGGAAUAUAUAUUUAAAAUGUCAAUCCUUGAAUAUAUAUCAACUUAUGAGUAAAUCUAGUUUGUUUUGCUGUUA